UCUAGUUUCACUCCACAUCUCGAGUUGUACGAAACUUUGUGAAAAAAGGAAAUUCUCAGUGUUCAUUAGUUAGUUUUUUUUCAUCAUUAAUAUUUGCCAACAAAAAAAAAUUCUACGAGAUAAAAAAGUUUUCUAAGAAAAAUAAGACGAAGAAAAUUAGGAAUACUGGAGAAAAAAUAAAAUUUUUACUUGUGAAAAAUUUUCAAAUUCGAAAAAAGAAGAUAUUUAUUAUAUUUUUUUUUUAAUAGUAAAAUACUGCUGAUCGUUAAAUAUUGGAAUUUUUCGAUAUUUACUCCAGAUUGAAAAAUUGUUUGAAAAAUUUGUUUGAAACUAGUUUUAAACUAGUUUCAAACUAGUUUGCAGUCGAAAAAACUUUUUUGAAAAUAAUUUCAAGAAAAUAAAAGUGACAAUAAAGAACAAUUGUCAAGUGAGAGGAAAAUAAUUGUCCAAGUGAACAAAAAAAAAAAAAAAAAAUAACGAAAGGAAAGGAUUAUUUUUCUUUUAGUUUUUCUCUUAAAUGACUAAAGCCACCGAAGAGGAAAUGAAGGCAAACAAGGCAGCGACAAAAAUUCAAGCUGGCUUUCGCGGCUAUCGUGUACGAAAACAAUUGAAGGAAUCAAAUAAUUAUUCAUCGAAGGGCAAUAGCGACAGUGAUUAUGAUGAUGUCACUAGUAAUUGUUACAGUCCACCGACAUUAAUGAGUGACAAUGAUUCAAUGAAAAAUUCAUUGGAGGAAAAAUCGGCGACAAAAAUACAAGCUGGAAUACGUGGGUUUUUGGUGCGCAAGAGACACCAACAGGAGCAACAAGCGGCAACAAGAAUUCAAGCUGGAUUUCGUGGUUUUCGCACGAGGAAACUUUUAAAGCAAAAGGGUCAAUGAUAUUUUGCCAAAAAAAUGCUCGAAAGAAAAAAGAUGAGAGAGAUUAAAAAGGACUCGUCAAAUAAGAUAAGAUUCGUUUCAUUAUGGAAUAAUUUCCCAUCAAUAUUUCAAGAGGCUAUUUCAUCAGAUUGAGAAAUUAAAAACAAAACCAAAUCAAAAAACGAAAAUCAGAGAAAUUCUUACCCUUCAAAAAAGAGCCACAUGAAGAAAAACAUGUAGUUCUUCAUUGGAGAUGAUGGCAUUGACACAGUUCGAAUACAUUGAGCAAGGCGUAUCAUCUUCUGUUUUUACCACGUGUCUUUUAUUCUUUGAAAAAUUCAUCAUCGAGGGACCACAGGAAUUUCAAUCUUCAUUUGACACAAACGGCUAAUUUUAUUUAUAUAUUUUACAAUCAUUCAUCAUUUUACCAUUCUAUAUUUAUUAUUUAAAAGUUAAAACUCUAUAUAUAUUUUACUAUAGCAAUUGUAACUUAUUGAAAAAUAACAUAAUAUCGUUUUUUAUAUGCCAAAAAAAAAGAAACUUUUUCAUAUUUGCUACAUAUGUAUAAUAUAUAUUUAAGAAAUAAUUUCCAACAAAAUUUAAUAAUAUAAAUAAUUUAUUAAUA